AUGUCGUGUAGCAAUUUCGAGUCUGGGGAGAGAGUGCGUAUUGCGCAUCAGGGGAAUCCUCAGUCUUCGAGUCUUCAAGCCGACAUGGAUGCCAAGAAAGCUGCUCUUUCUCAGAACGUAAUAAUUUCGACAUGUGCUUCUUGUAUUUCAGUAAACUUUUUCAGAUAAAUGGCUCAUUAAACAACAGGAAUGGUCGACCUCCAAAAAGCACCGGCCCUGGUACCAAGUACGGUGGAGGUUAGUUUUGAAGUGAAUAAGCUCAUAAUUUACAUAAUUUCAGCCAAAAAAGCUAAGAAAUCGAAGCGAGGAAGCGGAGAAGAGGAUGAAGGAGAGGAUGACGAAGAUUAUGUUGAUGAGGAAGUGGGAAGUGAAGAUGAAGAUGAGUACAAUGAAGAUGACGACGAUGAUUAUGAGGAGGAAUCGACAAGAAAGCGAAAAACGCCAGCUAAGUGAGAAAACCAAGGAGGACCUUUAAUCAUAUUUUCAUUUAGCAAGAAGAAAGCGGCGCCUCGAGAGUAUACUCGCGAUGAUUCGGAGACUCCUGAACCUGAGACGUAAGAUAAUGGCUGAUUUAUUUUUUGAUAAGAGUUUUUCAGAAGAAGGAUCAGAACGUUAUCCGAUUCGAGUGAUGACGAGUGGCUCACAAAACCACGUCUCAAUGGUUCCCUUUCGCCGAAAAACGUUAUGCGAACAAAUGUAGCGAAACGUUCGGCUGCUGCCAAACGCAAAAUAGUGAUAGAUGACGACAGUGACGAGGAUUUCAUCAACGAUGAUAAAUCUGAAGAUGAACAAGUGACAAUGCCGGAAGGUCAGACCUUGAAGGCAGCGGUCGAAAAGACGCACAAACAAGCGAAGAAGGAGGAGUCGGAUGAAGAAUGGGAAGAAGACGAGGAUGAGCAGAAUGCAGAUGGGGACGAGACGCCAUCGGACGACAGUGAUGUUAGUGAAAACAAGUUCGACGUAUCUGAAAAUGAAAUUUCAGAUCGAGGAGCGUCGCGCAAAGCGAGGAGAGACGAAGAACCAGCGGGAGUGCCGCGAGUUCUUUAAUUCCGCGAAAAGGGACAUUCUCCUACAGCAGCCCAGACUUAACGACAAAAUUGCUGACUUCAUAAUUUCCAGUAGGCCGUUCGAAACAUUCACCGGAAUGGUAUCAAUUGACAAUUAAGAUUAGGAAACACUAAAUCAUUUUCAGAUGUCCAAAAUGAAAGGAGUGACGCGAGGAGCAAAUGCCAUCGAAGCCUACAUGGAAUAUCUGGAGAAACGUGGAAUCCUGUCACGCAUUCUGGAUGACUGCAAAGAUCACGCAAAGACAGUGACGAAAGACUUCGAGCGAUGCACCGAGGGGCCAUUGGAACUUUCACUACUGAAAGAGGGAUGUACUCUGCAUGAUUAUCAGUUAGUCGGAGUUAAAUGGCUCAUUAUGAUGAACAACAAGGAGCUGAAUGCUAUUCUCGGAGAUGAAAUGGGUCUCGGAAAGACCAUUCAAAUUGUUGCUUUCCUCUCGUACCUCAAACAAAUCGGAAAAUCUGGCCCACAUCUUGUUGUCGUUCCAUCGUCAACCAUCGAGAAUUGGAUUGGCGAGUUCCACAAAUGGUGUCCCAGUCUGAAAUUACUCACUUACUACGGAUCACAAGAGGAACGGAAGCAUCUGAGGCAUCGAGUGAAGAAACAGAGAGAUAAUGUGAGUGAAAUGGCUGCCGGUGGCGACUCGUGAGCCGUUUGGAGCAGGAGUUAUGCGCGCGAGCAACAGCCGCGCUGCCCGGGCUCGUUUCCGUGGCAGCAGACUCCCAUUAUCUUUCCAUCAGCUGAUUCACAAGUCUCUGUUGGCUUAGAAUGGGGGAAAGUGAAAGGAAGAAACUGAAAAUGAUCUUUCACUGUCUAGAGUUGGUCACUUCAAUUCUCCCACAUUUUAUUCUGCCUAUUUCAAUUGAUUUCAAAUUUCAGAUCGAUGUGAUCCUCACCACUUACAACAUGGUCACUUCCAAAUCCGACGACAAGAAGUUCUUCAAAAACUUCUCGCUCAACUACGUCAUCUACGAUGAAGGGCACAUGCUCAAAAACUGUGAUUCAGAAAGAUACAGAGGGUUGAUGAAAGUGAAGGGAAAACGAAAGAUCCUGCUGACUGGAACGCCUCUUCAAAACAAUCUCAUCGAGCUGAUCUCACUCAUGUACUUUGUACUCUACAAAGUGUUCAACAAGUACUGCGAGGACAUCACACAUCUGCUGCAGCAUUUCAAACAGCUCGGACCGGCUCUUGAUUCGAAGGACAAGGCCAUGUACCAGCAGGACCGAAUCGAAGAAGCCAAGUCAAUUCUUCAGCCGUACAUCUUGAGACGUCUCAAAAACCAAGUACUAGCAAGUCUCCCGACGAAAACGGAACAGAUAAUCGAAGUGGAAAUGAAGAAACCGCAGAAAGAGCUGUACGAUGAUAUUGUGGACGUUCUUCAAAGAUCGGAAGACGCCGGAGACUCGUACGGUUCCCUGAUGAGACUUCGCCAAGCUGCGAAUCAUCCGCUGCUCCGCCGUUCGCAAUACACUGAUCAAAAAUUGGAUAAGAUCGCCAAACAACUGUGUCUCCGAGAAAAAUCGUACUCCGACAAGAAGUGGCAGCAUGUUUCUGAAGAUCUCGCCUAUCUUUCUGACAUAAAGAUUCAUCAGCUGUGCGAGCGUUUCCGAUGCACCAGCAAGUUCCUGCUGAACGAAGAGCUCGCUCUUAAAAGUGGAAAAUGCGAGCAGUUGGACAAAAUGUUGCCUGAAAUUCAGGAGAAAGGCGACAAAGUGUUGAUAUUCUCGCAGUUCACUUCGAUGCUCGACAUCCUGGAAGUCUAUCUCAACAUCCGCGGCUACUCGUACAAACGUCUCGACGGACAGACGCCUGUGCUCGAUCGGCAAGAGAUGAUCAACGAGUUCAACGUCUCCAAAGACCUCUUCGUUUUCCUGCUCUCCACGAAAGCCGGAGGACUCGGAAUCAACUUGACCUCGGCCAAUCACAUAAUCAUCCACGACAUUGACUUUAAUCCGUACAACGACAAACAAGCAGAAGACAGAUGUCACCGAAUGGGUCAGGAGAAGCCAGUUUCUGUGACUCGACUCGUCAGCAAAGGAACUGUCGAAAUCGGAAUGCUCGCUUUGGCCAAGAAGAAACUUCAAUUGGAGAAGCAGGUGACAGACGGAAUAAAAGGACAACUCGAUGAAGGUAUAGCAAGUGUUUCUUGUUCAGAAAAUACCGAAUGCAACGGUUUCAGAUGCACUGCGAGAGCUCAAAGAAGAGGAAGACGAGCGACCCGACGGAAGAGAUCUCAGUAAGCUGUUGUCAUCGGCGAUCAGUGGGCGGUACGACGAAGUCGAAGAUUCUGGAGAUUCGUCGAAUGGCGUCGAUGUCCAAGGCCCUUCGACUUCCGCCUAA